AUGCUGGCGCGCAACGGCCGUCUCUCAACUUCAGACGAUGAAAACCAGGAAGGCUUUGUUUCAAAUAUUCACCAACAUCAAACUUCAGUUGCCGCCCACGCAAUAUCAUCCUUGGAGACCACACCAGAGAUGGACGAUGACGCGAGCUCCUGGGAUUCUUUUCGAUCCGGUGAUCCAGAUUUUACUCCUCCAAAUUGGAUGGUUCAGUUUGUCAAUUUCCGGAAACAAUUGUUCCUCCAAACUGUAGAGCCUGUCAUUGUGACGCUCUUGGGUCCUAUGGAAGAGGAACUGGAGGACAAUUUUUUGUAUCAAGAGCAAUUCAGCUAUCAUGCCGCUGGAAACAUCUCUGGGGUCGACGCAACACACCGAAGGUUGAGCUUUCUCCCGAGUUAUGUAGAAGAUGCUGAAUUUGAACGAGAAACGACAAUGACAAUGGCGUCCUGUGUGGUUCUGUUUAUGAUCAUGGGCUGCAUAUCACUGGUUUUCUUGAGUUGUUUCUACCACAAUCAAAAGACAAGUCCUUUAUUCAUUAGUCCAAGGCGGCAUCGACUUCCAAAACUUGUACCACCACCGCUUCCGAUCGAUGGGUACUUUUCUUGGAUCAAAAUUUGUUUUUUUGUCUCGGAUGAAGAGAUCAUCAAGCGCAUUGGGUUUGAUACAUUGAUUUUCCUUCGUUUUCACCGUCUGGCUCUGAGAUGUAUUGUGAAGAUGAGUAUCUUCAGCUUUGCAGUUCUACUGCCAUUGAACUACACUGGAAAUGGUGGUGCGAAUGCCCAAGAUAUUACAGACUACAUCCAGGACGUAGUCUUUACUGACUUCAUGCGAUUCUCAAUGGCAAACAUUCGUUCCGGAAGUCCACGAUUAUGGGCUCAUUGCUUUGCAGCAUAUCUUUUGACUGGUAUUGUUGUUAGAGAACUGUUGGCCGAAUACGAAACGUAUAACAGCAUUCGCCAUACAUAUCUUCUUUCACGGGAGCCCCAUCUCCGAACAGUCUUGGUCACAAACAUUCCCAGACACUUGAGAUCGUCAAGCAAGAUCACAAGUUACUUCCGACAUGUCUAUCCUGACGCCGUAAAGAGUGUAUUCAUGUGUCAAAAUCUAAUCAAACUGGAAACUCUUGUUUCGCAGCGAACAGCCUUGCUAGCAAACAUAGAAAAAGAGGUCCUGAUACUCUGUCGGACGGAGAAAAAGAAGCUUUUCCAGCGCUCCCAAUGGUCCACGGCGCAAGCCUACAACAAACUAUUCAGCUUGGAAGAGUUGGGCAUCGUCGAAAGUGCACAAGAAAGGCUGGCAGCUAUGUACUCACAAUUGGAAGAAUUGAAUAGUGAAGUGGAGAUGGAGCAGCGCCGGCGUAGGCGAAUAAUGUCAAAGAUGGAUCACAUGGAGGCCGGAGAAGGAAAGCAAGAUAUUGACUACAUUCUUGCAGCUCCUUUUGUGUCGGCUGAAGAUGCUAAUCAACGACGGGUAUUGGGCCUGAAGGGAGGGACAUCUCAACAGGAGGACCAGGAUGUUGAUUAUCAGUUGUCAGAAGCUGAUGGUGGUAUGCAGAUGGAGACAAUUUCUGGAAAAGAAGAGAACCCACAGCUACGAUCCAGAAGCCCAAGCACGGUUCCCAAAAGCAAGCCGUCACUAGAGGUCGAUGAGCCACCGACACUGAACGGAAAACCGAGAGCUAAGGCAAAAACUGCGAUUAGACGAUAUUCACGACAAAUAUCGAAAGAAAAGUCAUUCUUUGGGAGACAAAUCAACCCAGCCGGUCCAACCGAAAAAGCAGGAUACAUCGAAGAGCAUGUCAAUGAAGUUACGGACAAAGCUUUCGUUGUUAUGAGUUCAUACACCGCGGCUACUAUCGCUAUCCAAUCGAUGCACUCAUCAAAGCCAGGGGCGAUGCAAGUGAGCACAGCACCCGAACCACGGGACGUUCUAUGGGACAAUAUUUACAUCAGCAAAGGUGCUACACGUACUCGGUCGAUCAUUGGAGACUUUCUGGUGAUCCUCAUCAUCUCGUUUUACAUUGUUCCCAUCGCAUUGAUUUCACUGCUAGUCAGUGAAACGGCUCUGGUGUCAAUUUCGCCAAGGCUGGCACAACUAGACAAGGCUAGUGCCCUCUUUGCAUCUGGAAUUGCCAUGGUACAACCGCUUUGCAUUGUUUCAUUGCAGCAGGCCUUGCCGCCCAUUUUAAUGGCCAUUGGAAGAAUGGAGGGAUGCGUUUCGUUCAGUGAGGUUCAGAUGCGGUCUUUCUCGCGAUACUUCUUGUUUCAGGUCCUGAACGUUUUCUUGGUGACAACGAUUGCCGGUUCGGUGUUCGAUACCAUUGCUAUUAUUGUCGAGAACCCAGAAACGGCUUUUGAGAUGCUUGGCUAUUCGCUGCCUCGUUUAUCAUCAUUUUUUAUUACGUUUGUGACGAUCAAGUCUGUCCUUGGGCUAGGGGUUGAAUUGGUUCGAACUGUCUCGAUUGUUCAAUCAAUAAUCAGAUACUUUUUGGUACCAAAUAUGACCUUGCGAAAGGCAAGAAGCAUCAUUCUUGGCUGUAGGGCUAUUGAUGAUCCAGGCUGGUUUCCUUUUCACAAGAUCUUGGCCCAAGACAUGUUGGUGGUUGUUAUUUCAGUUGUAUUUGCUGUCAUUGCGCCGUUGGUACUGUUCCCAUGUGCCAUAUUCUGUCUUCUUUCGCGCAUCAUGUGGACACACCAUCACAUGUAUGUAUACGAGAGCGUCUUUGAGAGUGGAGGUCAAUUUUGGCCAAAGAUCUUUAGGCGUUUUGUGUUUGGAUUGAUCAUUGCUCAGAUGACAAUCACUGGCCAAUUCAUUUUAAAGGAUGCCCGACACGAGGCAUAUGCCACAAUUGCUCUCAUGUUUAUGACCUACUUGUUUCUACGGAGCACACGAGCUCGUUAUGACCCAACCAGUUCUACGCUGCCACUUGAAGUAGCGACUGUAAUGGACAUAUCCAUCGGGCAAGAGCGUGAAGCAAAAAGAAAGGCGCAGGAACAAUCUGAUUACAGUAUGAAUAUGUCUCCUUCUGAAGAUACUCUCAGCCCGACGAUUACAUCGGUAAUGAGCGAGGAUCGUGAGAUCGACACAAAUAUUGGAGGUCACGAUCCAUACGACUUGGCAUACCUGCAACCAGUUCUGAGAGCAAACCCAAGGGCAAAACCAGAACAACCGUUUCCCCCCUCGCAGCUUGGCGACGAGAAUACGCUUUUUGGAAGGCAGGACACGAUGGUAGACGAGAGUGGACUCAUAGACUGUACAGGAACAGUGCGAUUGAAGUGUUUGAGUCAACAGGACCGAAGGGUCAUCAACAAGUGGUGGGAUGAACAAGUAAAACGUGCAGGCCCGCAAAAUUUUGGUGCUAUUCUAAUUGGAUCCGAGUGCGGCACAUUGACAAUCGGAGAUCGACGAUCGACGUACAUGAAUCCCUACCAGGGUCCAGAAACACCUGCGCCCGCACACGGUCACCAAUUUGUAUAA